GUGAACGUCACAUAAAACCAGAAAAUGGUUCCAGGAAAAGUUCUUCGUCGAUACGGACUGAACUAAACCCGAUAAAAGUUCGAUAAAACUUUGAAAGAUAAAAGUUAAAAUGAGACCUGGACCAAGUUUGUGUUCAGUAUGUUCAUCUUCCCCCUUUUAGUACUUAUGGGAACAGUACUGGCUGUAAACAACGAUAAACCUGAUGUGUUCGUGUUUGCGAGGAACUCCAGGGUUCAGACCAAAAGUGUUUAUAUGUGUGAGACCAGAGGCUUCAACACAUCAGACAUCAUCCUGAACAUCAAGAAGAUUCGCUGUGUUCAGACUGAAAGGGACGGAGUGAAGACUGAAGGAGUUCAACAAUUUAGAAGCAACAUCUACCAGAGAAGAGACCAUGUGAUCAUUUUAAGGUCUGAAGUGUCUAAUUACAGCUGUGAAGUCAUUCAUGCUGCAUCCAGGUUUCGUGUUGUGAAGGUUUGGGAUCCUGUUGGAGGAGGACGGAUCAUUUCAUCUAAGUUCAUAGACACAAAUAAACCUGAUGUGUUUGUGUUUGCGGGGAACGCCACAACUGAGACCAUCGUCUUCUCGUGUCUGGCCUCGGGCUUCUACCCAAACAACAUCAUCCUGAAUAUGAAGAGGAACGGGCGUAUUCUAACCAGAGAGGACGGAGUGAAGAGUUCAGGAGUUUGUUCAAAUGAAGACGAUGUCUACAAGACAAGAGACUAUGUGGAGAUUAAGAAAUCAGACAAGUCUGUGUACAGCUGUGAAGUCAUUCAUGCUGCAUCUGAUACACAUGUUGAGAAGGUUUGGGAUCAACCUCAGGUGGAGAUGGAUUCACAUAUCGUCAGUGUUCGUGCAGAGAUCGGUCGUCACAGGAUGUUGACGUGCAGAGUCAGAAGCAUCAACACAAAAGACAUCAUCCUGAACAUCAAGAAGAAUCACUGUGUUCUGACUAAAGAGGACGGAGUGAAGACUUCAGGACUUAAACCACAUGGUGACACCUACUGGAGAACAGACUCUGUGAACAUUUCUCAUCCUGACAAGUCUCAGUACAGCUGUGAAGUCAUUCAUGCUUCAUCCAGUUUUCAUGUUGAGAAGGUUUGGGGACCUGACUCUGAUGGAAGAGGACGGAUCAUUUCACCUGAGUUUAUAGACACAAAUCAACAUGCUCUACUCGUGCAGAUGUUUGCAGAGAACUCUAAAGUUGAGACCAACAUCAUUGUGAUAUGUCUGGCCUCAGGCUUCUACCCAAACAACAUCAUCCUGAAGAUGAAGAGGAACGGCCGUAUUCUAACCAGAGAGGACGGAGUGAAGAGUUCAGGAGUUUGUUCAUAUGAAGACCACACCUUCCAGAGAAGAGACUCUGUGGAGAUUAAAACAUCAGACAAGUCUGAUUACAGCUGUGAAGUCAUUCGUGCAUCUGGUAUGAAAGUGGAAAAAACCUGGGAUCAUCAGCUUCCUGAUGACUCUGGUGGAACUGGACACUACACUGGUAUCAUCAGUGGUGCAGUGCUCUUCUUUUUUGUUCUGGUGCUGGUGGGUUUGUUCAGAAGACACAUCCUUGGAGCUGCUCGCAGAUGCUUAGAAUCCUUCACCUCAGAGUCUAAAUCGUCUAUGACCAGCAGUCUUGCCUCUGUUUCUGGAACCUCUGCUUUUAAUGUCUCUAACAGUGACACCAACGCAGAGUCUGAGAGUCUGAAUCCAUCAUCAUCAGGUCCAUCCAUCAGUGAGCAGGAGACUGAGGAAGAGGAAUUUAAAUAAAGACUAAAGUAUUUUGUCGUUUUUCUUGAAAACUCAUGUAUCAACACUAAUCAAAGUGUUUAACUGAGUAAAAAUCUGGAGAAAUAUUCUCCAUUGGUGCUAUAUCACAGGGAACCAGUGGAUCCAGAAAGAGACGGGACAAAGAUUUAGAAAGACAUACAAUGAAACAUAUACAAAUACUGGAUGGAUUUGGACCAAACACCAUUGCAGAAAUCUAAAUGUUCUUUAAUGAAGAUCUGUUUUUAAGCAGCAUAGAAUAUAAGCCAAAAUAUAGCCAAAAGUAUUCUCUGACCUGCCUUUACACACAUAUGAACGUAAGUGACGUCCCAUUUUUAAUCUGGAGGGUUUAAUAUGACGUCUCUGCCCUGUUCUGGGAAGACUUUCCACAGGUUCAGGAGUGAGCUGAUGGUAGUUUUUGAACCAUACUUCCAUUACUGAUGUUGGAGGAAAAGGCCUGGUUCACAGUCUUCAUCUUAUUCAUCCUAAAGGUGUUCAAUGGGGGUCAGGACUCUGUGAGGCCAGUCCAGUUUGUCCUCAUCCAGGUCUUUAUGGCCUGUGCUCCGGUGCUCAGUCACGUUGGAACAGGAAGAAGGUCGUCCCCAAACUGGUCCAGAUCCAGCAUGGAAUAUUGGUGUGCUGAUGCAUUCAGGGUUCCUUUGACUAGAACUAAAGGUCCAAGUCCAGGUCCUGAACAACAAGUCCACACUAAUGAAAAUGAAUGGAUGCUUGAGGGUUCUCUCUAAAAGGAGAAACACUUUUUCUUAUAUUUUUAUGUUUGAAUUUACAUGGACACUGUAAAAUAAAUAUCUGUCCAAAACUGA